ACACAUGACAAGGAGAUAAGUCGGUAAAGUAAAUCGUAAACGCCAUAUCGGUCAAUAAUUGAUAUAUCAAAAUACCUCUUUCUCUCUCUCUUUCACACAAUUCUCUAUAUAUUGAAAUUCUUUCAGUUUUCUUUUUUUUUCAAAAUAAUAAUAAUAAAAAUCGUGAAAAAAGAAAUAAUUUAUGAUUUGGAGAUAAAAGGAAUAUUUAAGUGCAUAAAAAAUGGGAGGUGUAUUUAGUUAUUUUCGCAAUUUACUCGGCAGUCGGGAAAUGCGAAUUUUAAUUUUAGGUUUGGACGGAGCUGGAAAAACGACAAUUUUAUACAGGUUACAAGUUGGAGAAGUGGUGACGACAAUUCCUACGAUAGGUUUUAAUGUAGAACAAGUUACGUAUAAAAAUUUAAAAUUCCAAGUAUGGGACCUUGGUGGACAAACUAGCAUAAGACCUUACUGGAGAUGUUAUUAUUCAAAUACAGACGCAAUUAUUUAUGUUGUCGAUUCCGCCGAUAGAGAUAGAAUAGGAAUAUCAAAAGACGAAUUGCUCUAUAUGUUGAGGGAGGACGAGUUGCAAAACGCAAUUUUAGUUGUACUAGCAAAUAAACAAGACAUGCCUGGCUGUUUAACAGUGGCCGAAGUUCAUCAAGCGCUUGGACUGGACGCAUUAAAAAAUAGAACUUUCCAAAUAUUCAAAACGUCGGCAAAAAAAGGAGAGGGUCUCGAUCCAGCCAUGGAUUGGCUGUCGAAUGCCCUUCAAGCUAGAAAAUGAAAAAAGAAAAAUUCUAAAAUGGAAAAACAAAAAAAGAAAAGAAAACCGUUUCAAGUCGAAUAGCUUCCAUCAUGAUGAAAACAGAAAGAAAACUACAAACCUGACUUAGUCAAGUGACUGUCAUUUAUUACAACUUGAAGAAUUAAAAUUUUUAUACGCGAUAAUACAAAAGAGAAAGACUUUAUUACAAAAAAAAAAAAAAAAGACAAUGGAAACUCGCCUGUUACUCAAGAGAUUCAAUUUAUUAUUUUCUUUCUAUCGCUAUCAUUAAUUUAAAUGUAUUUAUUAUUAUUAAUUUCACCCUUUUUUUUUAAUACCUACAAAAAAAACUUAUUCUAGCAAUUACAAUAAUCUUUAGAACGAAAGGAGAAAAUUUUUCUGGUGAAAUUUUACUAUUUAUUGCAUUCGAAAAAAAAAUAUAUGUGUAUAUCGGAAA